UUCAAUGCUGCUAAUGACAUAAAGCUCGUGCCAACCGAAAGGGAAACAACUGAACAAUAACGGCCGGAGUGUGGAGUGAAGACUGAACCUGUGCCAAAGGACAUAAGCAACAGUUGCCCAGUUUAGUGGCCGGAAGGGUUCAGUGGAACACAGUGUUAUUUGUUUAGUGCUUUGUGUUGAGAUAUAAAGAUGACACAUCAACUGUGAAUCAAUUUCGACAACCACCGAUUUCGCGAUUAUUUUGUUUGAUAUCCCGGAUUCAGAAUCGAUUUACUUGCUGCUGCUAAUAAAAAGAAUAUGUGCCGGAUAAACUUUACAACGUUAAGUUUGAUUCUUGUUCUAUGGUCAGGCAGCCUCAUGUCGGAACCAUCACAAAAUGCUGACGGCUCCAUAAAAGGUUUGUACGAAUACCUGCUUCAACGAGAGUAUGCAGCUCCAGUUUCAUACGCGGAUCACCAAAUAAAACGAAAGGCAGUCCGCUCGCCAUCCCUGCGGUUACGAUUCGGGCGGCGGAGUGAUCCAUCGGUGCCGGUGGAGCCUGAGGAUGACGAUAUGGUCGAUCAAAGGUCGAUAAGAGCACCACAACUACGGUUACGAUUCGGGCGAACUGAUCCACUGUGGUCGUCCUUCAAUGAAAACGCUCUGCUAGAAGAGAAACGAGCCCCUUCACAGCGACUUCGGUGGGGUCGAUCGGGAGGAGGAAUGUUUUCCACCAAUGACGUUAUGCAACAGAAGGCAAUACGAGCGCCCCAAUUACGGCUUCGAUUUGGCAGAAGUGACCCAUCUUGGGCCAUGUUCAACGAGCACCAGCUGGAUGAGCAGCAAUUUGCGGAUGCCACACGGCAGCCUUCGAAAACGCUAAGAGGUGACGAACCAACAUCGAUUGAGUCUACCGAGCAAGUCGAAUCCGAGGAAAACUCCCCAAGCAACAUGGACGAAAAAUAACUCAGACCACAAAUGCGAUAAACCGGACACGAGCAUAACUCAUUCUUCAGUUUCUACAACGUUAUAGACUAGGUUGCAUUGUGUUGGCCCCCAAAAGAGUAUUAUUGGUUCUUACACUAAAUUGAGUACCAAUAUUCAUUAUGUUGCAUAUGAUAAUAAAUGGCAUCGUUUUCAUCGAACAGUCGCACUUGUAAUUAAUGACGAGUUGACAAACUCAAACUAGCGUUCAUUGAUAAGAAAUUAAUCUAAUCACCCAAACCAAAGGAAUCCCAGACUUUUAUCAACAAAUGGCAGCAAUUAAAGAACAGAUUAUGUGUGAUGGUUAGUGUCAAUAAUAGGAUAUAAAAAGAAUUGAUGCUAUUUGCAUUGCUGAUUUGCGAAAUAGUGAGCCGAAAAAAUAAAUCCAUUUCUAUCUCAAACGAAAAAGAGCAUCAAUGAAAAUGAGUCUGUAAUCUAUUUUAGACAUCUGCAUGUUUCCAUCAGAAACAGAAGGAAAAUUGCUCUGCGAAGGCGUUCAUAGUACCCGGCACUCAAUCAUUCAACUAAUGCACUAAUCGAAACGUUUUUCUCUCACCGUUGCAAAUUAACAGUAUUUGUUCAAAUUUUAAUCUAUAUAUACAACUAGUGAUCCAAGUUGAAGUAUUAUUAGUAUUUAAUAAGGGAUACUGUGUGUCCUCCCAACUCACACAACUAUAGAAAGGUUACAAUUAUUACCAUCGCAUGCGAACAGAUGAAGUUUUAGAAGAGAUGAAUAAUGUAUGGAGACGAAAUGUAUUUAAAGCCAAAUGCAGCAUGUACAUGUGUAUAAAAUAAAUUGUUACAUUCACAUCUAGUGGAGAAACGAA